CAAAGCUUGGUCAGUGCCCUUUGCUCAGAAGGCCCAGCCCCUGCAGGAAUGUGAAAACAGGCGCAGAGAAUUGUCUCCCAACAGAGAGGGUAGUGCAUUCCUGAACAAAAAUAAUAUGCUAUAAAUAAGAAAUGCUUGGAAACUAAUAAAUCUUGUAAAUUAGAAACACUAAGGAAUAAAAAUUCAAAAGAUGAUAAUAGAAGGGAUGGAAGAAAAAGAUGAGGCUAUCUUCUAGAAAUCAGAACAAAGUGGGCAGAAAGAUGGAAAAAGAGAGAAAAGAAAACAAGAUGAAUACAUGAGGUUCAGUGAACAACUAAUUAAGGAGUUCCGAGGGAAAAAAAAAGAGGCGAGAAAAAGAAAAUGGAAAAAUAAUUAUGGAAGAGUAAUACAAUUCCCAGAACUGAGGAAACCGAGUCCACACUGAAAGGGUCUGGAGGGCACCCAGCACAAUAAAUGAAGGCAGAAGGGGUCCAGGGCACCCUGUCAGGGUGGGGCUUCCUGCUGUGAGGUCGUACAGCCGAGGAGGGAGCUCCGGUGGGGGCACUCCCAGUUUUGGAAUCAGAAAAGCCUUUUGCCUUCCUCCUCUGCAGCCCUGCAUCCUCGGAUUCUGUGUUGGGAGGGCCCUGAAGAUCCUCUUCCCUCUUUCCCUAUUGAUCCUCCUCCUACCUCCUUCUCAGCGGGGUCCCAGGCCCCCAGGCUUCUGUGCUUUCCUCGGCCUUAUCCCCACCCGCAGUGGGGCCCACCAGUGCCUGCCUCCCACCCCGAGGUCACCGAGAGCCCCACGUGAUGCUUGGAGGCAGAUGUUUCCUGCCCCCAGGGAAUACCGUCAGUGCCCAGGCAGGCUGCAGAGCUGUGUCUCCCUGCCCAGCCAUGGGCCCCAACCUGCUCCUGCUGCUGUUCCUGGGACUAGCAGGACAGGGCUCGGCCACCAGCCUCCCCGAGGCGCUGCAGGCACCUGUGGGGGGCGCCAUCCUGGUGCAGUGCCACUACCGGCUCCAGGACAUCAGGGCUCCGAAGGUGUGGUGCCGUUUCCUGCCGGAGGGGUGCCAGCCCUUGGUGUCCUCUGCUGUGGAUCGCGGAGCCCCAGGGGACGGGCGCAUGUUCCUCACCGACUUGGGGGGUGGCCUGCUCCAGGUGGAGAUGAUCGGCCUGCGGGAGGAGGACUCCGGGGAGUACGGCUGCGUGGUGGAGGGGUCCGCAGGGCCCCUGACGGUGCACAGAGUAGCUCUGGACGUGUUCCCUCCAGCUUCUGGCCUGAAAGAGGAGGAAGAGGAAGAGGAGAAAGAGAAGACCCAUAAGGUUGGGAGUCUGGCUGACAGCCCCUUCAUGGACCCCGUGGGCAGUGCCAGCCCUCUGGAACCCAGAUGGGAUGAGAAGAGCAUCCCCUUGAUCUGGGGCACUGUGGUCCUGCUGGGCCUGCUGGUGGUGGCUGUGGUGCUGUUUGCUGUGAUGGUCAAAAGGAAAGGGAACAGGCCUGGUGUCUGCAGCUCCCUUCAGAGCAGUGGAGUUUCAGGCAUGGUGCCCUCCUCGGUGGUGCACCACGUCAGGGACUCGGAAGUGGCUGCUCAUUUCCCAUCGGACAUACAGUAUGUUAGGCUCGACUCACCACCUUCCUUCGACAAUACCACCUAUACUGGCCUACCUCUUGAUCCCCCAUCAGGGAACCCCCCACCCCCGCCUCCAUCUUCAUCACCCCCUCUGCCUCCUAAGGUCCUCUGCUCCAGGCCCAUGACAGACACCUUCCCUGGAGGGGACAAGGGUGGAGGGGCCUCCUGUGAGCCAGCCCAGGAUUCAUCUGAUAGCCAGACGCCCCCCAGCUAAGCUGCUCACGGCACCACACACUCACAGGACAGCCCAGGUGCUGUGCAUCCAGCUGGCCCAGGCCCUGGGUCCUUGGAUAUCAGAGCCACUAGAUCCUUUAGGAUCUAAUAUAAUGCCUUAUGUCUUGACUUUUCUGACCUGGAAGAUGAUCCCUGAAUAUGAUUAAGGUGUCUUGGGAAGCCCCCUGCUGGUCCUUCUGAUGUUACACCACUGGGCUAAAUAAACUCUUAAGUG